CUCGUUGUGUCUCCGUCCCUGUCCCUGAUUGCUCCUCGGCUGGGCAUGAAUGGGGCGGGAGAGCCUGAUCCUGGUGGUGGGGGCUACAAGAGGCGUUACAGGGCCCUGAAAAGGAGGCUCAAGUUCCUGAUCUAUGAACAAGAAUGUUUCCAAGAAGAGCUGAGAAAAGCACAAAGAAAACUUUUAAAAGUUUCACGCGAUAAAAGUUUCCUACUUGAUCGCCUGCUCCAAUAUGAGAAUGUGGAUGAAGAAUCGUCAGACUCUGAAGCAACAGCCUCUUCUGACAAUAGUGAUGGGGAGAUGCCCAAAGGAGGAGAGCAGCCAUCUCUAAAGAGAAAACGGAGUCCCCAGCUUGGCAGUGCCUCAUCCCCUUCGUCUUCAGGACUUUCCCUCCAGCCGACGUCCGGCUUUGGGCUUCCGGCGUCAGGGACACCAUCCCCCUACUUGACAUCUCUGGCCUCGCCCCCUUAUGCUCCUUUCCCCUCUGACUACUUGGCCCUGGGGCCUGAGGCUGGGGCCCCUCAACCUGACACCAGCGCUACCCAUUCUGCCCGGAGGCCCCCGAGGCCCCGCAAGCUCAAGCUCCCAUUGCCCCCUACCUCCAUGGCCGACUGUGGAAAUGUAGUCGUGGGGCUGCCCUUUCCUUCGCCCCGGGGGACCCCCAAGCUUCCACCACCCACCAUCCUCAGCACAGUGCCCCACCAGAUGUUCAGUGAUACAGGGGAGGGAAGCGGCGAAGACCCCCUGGAUGGUGACGAUGAGCUGGUCAUCGACAUUCCCGAAUGA